CACUGGAAGAACAGAACCUCGUGGUUCUGAAGACGUGUAGCGGCGAGAAGCUAUAAGGAAGAAAGGAAAACUAAUUAGCACGAUGUUAACGACGAAUGCGAAGAUAAUUAAAAGCGGUGGGGCUGAGCCCGAUCAAUUCGAGAUUAGCGUUUCUCAAGCUCUUCUCGAAUUGGAAAUGAACAGCGAUCUCAAGUCGCAGUUGAGAGAACUCUAUAUCACUAAAGCGAAAGAAAUUGAGACGAACAACAAGAAGUCAAUCAUUAUAUAUGUGCCAAUGCCAAAGCUGAAGGCAUUCCAGAAAAUUCAAACAAGACUGGUACGUGAAUUGGAAAAGAAGUUUUCUGGAAAACAUGUAAUGUUUAUUGGCGAACGUAAAAUCUUGCCCAAGCCAACAAGGAAAACACGCACUAAGAACAAGCAGAAACGUCCCAGGAGCCGCACUUUGACUUCUGUCUACGAUGCGAUACUCGAGGAUUUGGUGUAUCCUGUAGAAAUCGUUGGCAAGCGUAUCAGAGUAAAACUUGAUGGAUCGCAGCUUAUUAAAGUUCAUCUUGAUAAAAAUGAACAAACAAACAUUGAACAUAAGGUUGACACUUUUGCUUCAGUGUACAAGCAAUUGACUGGACGGGAUAUCACAUUCGAAUUUCCCGAAUCUUAUGUAUGAUAAAUGUAAGAAAAAUAAUAUGAAGUGUUUGAACCAAUAA